CGACACACACACACACACUCUCACCCAACGUCCAGCGACCGCCGCCCACCCACCCGCGAGCAGCCCGCUUUGCCCUUUUGCUGGAUCCAGAGGAAGCCCCCCCAGCCGAGAUAUUUGGGGCGCUGCACUUCCUUUCCCCGAGAGACACACAACGAAGAGACCGUUCCGGGCCCGUUCAGCAGUGAGAGAGAGAGAAGAAACGCAGGGAAAGAAAGACGCUCCCCCUUCCUAAACCAAGGCUCCCCGUUUGUUGUUGACGCAAACCUCUGCCGGCAUCAUGUCCGAGGUUUCGGCCACCAGGCUCUAUCUGGGCAACCUUCCUCGCAACGCCACCAAGGCCGAUGUCGAGGCUCACUUUGCGACCCAUGGCACGGGAGAGAUCACCGAGGUCAAGCUGAUGAACGGCUUCGGUUUCAUCGAGUAUAAGGACCCGAUGGACGCACGAGAUGUCGUCCCUGCUUUCCAUGGAUCCGACUUCAUGGGAGAGCGCCUGACCGUCCAGUUUGCCCGCGGGGCGCGUAACCGAGAGAACGGAUUUGGCAACCACGAGCGCGCGCCGCCGCGACCUCGUCGUACCCCGUUCCGGAUGCAAAUCACCGGGCUCCCAAACGAAACCAGUUGGCAGGACCUCAAAGACUUUGCGCGCCAGUCCAGCCUCGACGUAGUGUACUCGGAGACAGGCCGCGAUUCGGGCAGAGGUUUCGUCGAGUUCGAGACGGCCGCCGAUCUACGAACCGCAGUCGAGAAGCUCGAUAACCGAGAGUUCAAGGGCAACCGCGUCCAAUGUGUUGCUGAUACCCAGCCAGACGUCCCUUCACGAGACCGGGGUCGCUCGCGCUCUCCUGGACGGCGGCCGUACAUGCCGCCUUUCGAUGAAUACGACCGUCGUGGACCUCCCCGAGGCGCUGGCGGUGGAGCUGCGGGCGCCGGAGGGUACAGUCCUCGUCGCGAUGCCGGCCCGUACGGGUACCGCGACCGCAGCCCUCGGCGCGAAUACUACGACGACCGCACGCGCUAUCGCUCCCCCCCUCGCCGCCCGAUGGAGGACUAUCCGCCGCCACCCCCGCGUGGUCGAUAUGACGACCCGUACCGCCGCGACUACCCGGCUCCUCCUCCCGAUCCGUAUGCCAACGGACGCACGUACGACCGCCCGCCGAGGGACUUCCCGCCACGCGAGCCGGCGUACCCGCCGCGUGACGGGUACAACCGCGAGUAUGAACGUAGCGGGCGCUACUGGUAAUUCCACCCCUCGCUCUUAGCUCCUUUGUCUUGCCUCGUUGCUGCGCGCCAUUUGGCGGCAACGCACCAUGACGAGGACCUGGCCUUGACCGGUGGUAAUAGAUGUACCACGCGGAACCCGAAGCACGACAACGAUACUCCACCGUAUACGAAGGGGGGGAGAGAAGGAGGACGGGUCAGGGUUACGACACGCAAGGUUUAGGUCCUUUCCGCUUUCUUCUUGUCUUUUUUGACGUACGACGUACUUUUUUUCCUUUCCUUUUUUUGACUGUUGCCCCUGCUUUUGGCGGCCGCCCAACCAGGAUCCGAAAAACGAUGGCGCUCGGCGCGGUUCGUGUGUGGGAGCAAGGGAACGCGGGCGGGCGCGGGAGUGACAUUGACGACGUGCAAUGAGGACGAGGGCCGCGAAGUCUUUGGGAUGAGGGCAGACGCGGCGCAUUGCCGGCUGGCACAAGAGGGGCUGGGGAUGAGCUGGGGAAAAGCACAACAGGGUUUGACGGAAGGUCGAAUCUGUACGAGUAUCAGAAUGUCUGGCACGUUAAUUUGUUUUUUCACGCUUCAUUUUUGAUUUGCUUUGCCUCUUGUCCGUCUGCCCAUGUUUGACCCGCUUUGCGAGGCCCUGACGGCGGGCAUACGACGUCGAUUCAAUCCAACCCAAGUGUGAAUCUACUCUUGACAAUCCUCGCGCGUAGGUAGAUCUGGC